GUAGUUAGCGCUCUGAUAACAAUUAACUGAUAUAAAUUACCCAUGAAGAUUAAUAAAUAAAAUAUACUACUUUAUAUUUAAUACUUUUAAAGAUGGAUUCCGAUUUGAAAAAUUUAGAUCUUUAUGAUAUUCUGGAAAUUCAGCAAUGUGCUACUGAAAAAGAGAUUAAAACUGCUUAUAGAAAAAAAGCUUUGCAAUGUCAUCCAGACAAAAAUCCAGACAACCCCAAAGCAGCCCAACUAUUCUUACAAUUAUCCAAAAUAUUAGCAGUACUUACUGAUAAAGCUGCAAGAGCUGCCUAUGAUAAAUUGGUGAAUGCUAAAAUUGCAGCUAAACUACGAGAAAAAGAGUAUGAUUCUAAAAGAAAAAAACUUAUUGAUGAUCUAGCUCGUAGAGAACAAAUGGCUAUGGGUAAACAAAAAGAUAAUAUUGAAAAAAAUUUUGAAAAAGAAUUAGAAAGGCUAAGAAAAGAAAGCUCUUCAUUACUUGCUAAAGAAAGAGAAAGAGUUAAUGAAUUACUAAGGCAACAAGAAGCUAAAAAAGAAGAGAGUGGUUCUUACAAAUUAAAAGUGAAAUGGAAAGAACCUGGGGUUUACAGUAAAGAAAAUCUACAAAACUUAUUUUCUAAGCAUGGAGAUGUUACAACAGUUGUAGUUUUGGAAAAUAAAAAAAAUGUUGCUUUAAUUGAGCUCAAAUCGAAAUCAUCUGCAAUUAACGCCCAGAAAUUAGAAGUAGGUUACCCUAACAACCCACUUUCUGUGAGCUUCCUUGGUGAUUAUGGAAAGGAGUCAAAAUUAAAAGAGCAAAAUUCUGAUUUAAAUCCUGUUAUUUCAAAUUCUUCUUAUCAAAAUAAUUGUCAAACAGAAUCUUCAACUCAUACACAAUCAACAGCUGCAAAUUUCUCGGAUUAUGAAGCUAUGAUACUUGAAAGAUUUCGAAUGGCUGGAAGAUCUAAAGAACAAGACAAAUAACUAUGGCAAGAAUAAUAAUCAAUUAUUUAUGACAUUUGGUUUUUGUUGUCGAUUAUUUAAACAUUGUAAAUACUUAUAAUUAUGAUUAAUAACUGCAUAUAAAUAUUUGAGUAUAUGGAAUAACAAGUUUAAAUAGAAAUCAACUUUUGUGAGAAUUGUUAUUUAAUAAAUAAAGUGUAAUUUGAUGACUGAA